AUGUCGAUGGCGUCGGUCGCUCGGACACCGUCGCCGCCCUUCGCGAGGCACCGCCGGUGGUCGUCCCGGGUUACGAAAUCGGGCUGCUCGUCUCGACCGAGGGCCUCCGCCGCGGACCUCUCGGACCUCGCCCCCCCCGUGGACCCGUGCGCGUUCGUCCUCGAGGCCGUCGCGCGCGCCACCGCGACGGACCACUUCGUGAUUUCCGCCGAGCGCGUCCUCGCGCUCGCGGCGCAGCGGGGCCUGGACCCUCAGGACCUCCUCCCCGAGUUCGUGCGCGAGGCGCAGAAACUGGCGAUUCCCCCGACGUCCAAGUUCCACGUCGGCGCGGCUGCGCUGGGCGCCUCGGGCGCGGUGUACCUGGGCGUGAACGUGGAGCUCCCCGGGCUCCCUUUGAACGCGAGCAUACACGCGGAGCAGUUCGCGGUGGUCACCGCGAUGCGCGCCGGCGAACGCGCGCUCGAGGCGAUCGCCACCACCGCCGCGGCGAUGCGCGUCAUCAUCCCCGAUCCCGGCGACGGCGCGACGAACGCGCGCAGCAAGAGACACCUCGUGUUACCGCUGUGCGACCUGCUGCCGCACUCGUUCGGGCCCCUGGACCUGACGCACGACGAAUCCCUGCCCCUCAUGCUGGAAGAGAGGCACAACGGCUUACGGUUCAUCCCGGGUUUGACGCCCGAAGCGACGGAUGAGCUCGACGCCGCCGCCGCGGCACUCGCACUUGCCGAGGCAAACGCCGCGUACGCUCCGUACAGCGCGUCGCCCGCGGGUUUGGCGCUGGUGGACGACGACGGCGUCAUCCACGCCGGGCGCUCUGUGGAGUCGGCGGCGUAUAAUCCCACGAUGUCGCCGCUGCACGCCGCGCUGGUGGCGGCGGUGGGCGGCGCCGGCAUGGGGGACGCGAACGGCGGCGAGUGGGGGCGGAUCGAGUCCGCGACGCUCGUGGAGAUGAGCGGCGCGCCGGUGCAGUACGCGGGCACGGUGGCGCUGAUCCUGAAAACCAUCGCGCCGCGCGCGAGGCUGAACGUCAUCGCGUGCGAAAAGGCGGAGCCCGAGGCGAGCUGACCGAGUUUGUAACAACGCGGCGCGCCGGACCACCACCGCCGCCACCGUCGCCGACACCGCCGCCGCGGACGACACGCGUCGCCGAGUGCGUGACCAGUAGUCUACCUUGAUGAAGUUUGUAUCAUAUUCCAACAUCGAUGAGGCGC